AUGUCUUCCGAAAAGCUUCAUCGCAAUCCUCCUUUCCGAGCAGAACAUCUCGGAUCUCUACUUCGCCCAGACCAACUCUUAUCCAUCAAACAUGCUCUCGACAACGGAAAAAGUAAUGUUCCCAAAGAAGAUUUGACAAAAGUAGAGGAUGUAUCUAUCAAUGAAAUCGUUCAAGCACAGCUAGACUUGGGCUUUCACGCUGUAACAGAUGGAGAAUAUCGUCGUCAUAUGUUCUGGGGUACCUUCUUCCCCGGCCUUCAAGGCUUCGAAGAAAUCCAAAACCCCCCUCUCGAAUCCUUCCGCCGCUACGUCCCCGACAUCGACGCCUUCCUCGAAGAAGGUCACAAACCCGGUGAAUCCGUCUACUGCACGGGCAAAAUAAAACACAUCGGCAGCACCUACCUCUCCCAAUGGAACUAUCUCAAAAAUCUCCUCCCCGCCGACAAAAUCGCAGAAGCAAAAAUCACCCUCGCAGCUCCAAACUGGUAUCAUCUCCGCUACAAAACCGGACACGCAUACCCCCGAGAGAUCUACCCCUCCGACACCGAAUACUUCGCCGACAUCGCGACCGCCUACCGCGAAGAACUCCGCAUCCUCUACUCGGCCGGCCUGCGCAACAUCCAAAUCGACGACCCCAAUCUCGCCUACUUCUGCUCGGAGAAAAUGCUCGCGGGCUUCAAACAAGACGGCGAAGACUCAACCGCCCUCUUCGAUUCCUACAUCCAACUCUACAACGACUGCUUGCGCGACCGUCCCGAAGAUAUGCACGUGGGCAUCCAUCUCUGUCGCGGCAAUUUCGUAAACGGGAGACAUUUCUCCGAAGGCGGAUACGAUGUGAUCGCGACCAAACUCUUCCAAGAUCUCAACGUCAACACCUACUACCUCGAAUACGACACGGCGCGCGCAGGAGGCUUCGAACCUCUCGCCCACCUCCCCAAGAAUAAAAACGUCAUAUUGGGAUUAAUCACGAGCAAAUUUCCGAAAAUGGAGGCUCUGGAGCAUCUGAAAGAGCGGGUGUUCAAAGCGGCGGAUAAGAUCGCGGAAGGGAAUCAAGAGACGAGGGACGAUGCGUUGAGGAGGAUAGGUGUGAGUCCCCAGUGUGGAUUUGCGAGUCAUUCGGAUGGGAAUAAUAUGGAGAGGGGCGAUAUGGUUGAGAAAUUAAAGUUGGUGAGGAGAUUGGCUGAGGAGAUUUGGCCCGGGGAACCAUGA